AUGAGCCCCGGGCUGCUGCUGCUGCUCGGCAGCGCCGUCCUGGUCGCCUUCGGCCUCUGCUGCACCUUCGUGCACCGCGCUCGCAGCCGCUACGAGCACAUCCCCGGGCCGCCGAGGCCCAGUUUCCUUCUGGGACACCUCCCCUACUUUUGGAAAAAGGACGAGGUUUGUGGCCGCGUGCUCCAAGAUGUGUUUUUGGAUUGGGCUAAGAAGUAUGGGCCUGUCGUGCGGGUCAACGUCUUCCACAAAACCUCGGUGAUCGUCACGAGCCCGGAGUCGGUCAAGAAGCUGUUUUCACCUGGUCUUGUGGAAUUUCACUGGACACGUGCACAGAAAUUCCUGAUGUCAACCAAGUACAACAAGGAUUCCAAGAUGUACCACGCAAUCCAGACUGUGUUUGGCGAGAGACUGUUCGGCCAAGGCUUAGUGUCCGAGUGUGACUAUGAGCGCUGGCACAAACAGCGGAGGGUCAUGGAUCUGGCUUUCAGCCGGAGCUCGUUGGUCAGCUUGAUGGAGACGUUCAACGAGAAAGCCGAGCAGCUGGUGGAGAUUCUGGAAGCCAAGGCGGAUGGGCAGACCCCGGUGUCCAUGCAGGACAUGCUGACCUGCACCACCAUGGACAUCCUGGCCAAGGCAGCUUUCGGGAUGGAGACCAGCAUGCUCCUGGGAGCCCAGAAGCCUCUGUCCCGGAAGGUGAAACUGAUCCUGGAGGGUAUCAGUGCCUCUCGCAACACUCUGGCGAAGUUUAUGCCAGGGAAGUGGAAGCAGCUGCGAGAGAUCCGGGAAAGCGUCCGCUUCCUGCGCCAGGUGGGCAAGGACUGGGUCCAGCGCCGCCGGGAGGCCCUCAAGAGGGGGGAGGACGUCCCUGCCGACAUCCUCACGCAGAUUCUCAAAGCUGAAGAGGGCGCCCAGGACGACGAGAUCCUGCUCGACAACUUUGUCACCUUCCUCAUUGCUGGUCACGAGACCUCUGCCAAUCACUUGGCAUUCACGGUGAUGGAGCUCUCACGCCAGCCCGAGAUCUUGGCGAGGCUGCAGGCCGAGGUGGACGAGGUCAUCGGCUCUAAGAGGCACCUUGACUGCGAGGACCUGGGGAGGCUGCAGUACCUGUCCCAGGUUCUCAAAGAGUCGCUGAGGCUGUACCCGCCAGCGUGGGGCACGUUUCGCCUGCUGGAGGAAGAGACCUUGAUUGAUGGGGUCAGAGUCCCCGGCAACACCCCACUCCUGUUCAGCACCUACGUCAUGGGGCGGAUGGACACAUACUUUGAGGACCCGCUGACUUUCAACCCCGAUCGCUUCAGCCCCAAAGCACCCAAGCCUCGCUUCACCUACUUCCCCUUCUCGCUGGGCCCCCGCUCCUGCAUCGGGCAGCAGUUUGCUCAGAUGGAGGUGAAGGUGGUCAUGGCCAAGCUGCUGCAGAGGCUCGAGUUCCGGCUGGUGCCCGGGCAGCGCUUCGGGCUGCAGGAGCAGGCCACGCUCAAGCCGCUGGACCCCGUGCUGUGCACCCUGCAGCCCCGGGGCUGGCAGCCUGCGCCCCCGCCCCCGCCCUGCUGAGGAAGCCUGGGGCAGGAUGGACUCGUGGGCAAGGCCAUGCCCGCCCUCCCCUGUAACCCCACUGCCUCCCGCCCUGCUCUCCUGCCCCCUUCUCGGGGCGCCCUCCACGCCGGCUCCCAGUGGGCCCUCUGCCAACCGCCGCCUGCUUCACACCCUCAGCACUCCCUGUCUGCUGCUAACUCCACUGCCUCUCCUGGACCGGCCCUGCCUAACUCCCAGCUGCCGCCCAGAUGUGUGGUCGUCUCCCCCCCACCUCUUCGCACAGGCCACUCCCUCUGCUGAGACACCCUAACUUUUGCUCACUCCCUAAAGCCCUCUUUGGGUGUCACCUCCCCCAGGAAGCCAUCCCUGCCACCCCCGGCCGGGCCAGGGGCUCCUCCCCUGUACUCCCUUGGUCACCUGUGCUACCUCUAACACCACACUGA